AUGUAUAUAUCUUGGCUCAUUCUUUUAUCGUGUUAUCCAUUCUUGAAGCAGAGUGAAGCUUCUCAAAGCAGUUCCACUCUUUAUUCUCUAUUCUCCUCUCUCUCUACCCACCCACCCAUUUCGGCAUCGGUCAGAGCUGCACACAGCGGCACCUGGCUGCGCAGCGGUGUAGCUAGGGGAAUUUUUGUUUGUGUAGUUUUACUAAAGUCAGAGUCGUUCAUCGGGAUAAAUUACGGCCAAGCAGUGGACAACCUCCCGUUGUCGGCUGCGACUUCAAAGUUGCUGCAAUCAACGACAAUUGAGAAGUCUUUAUUAAGGCAGUAA